CACUUACCUCAUGGCUAUGCAAACAGCAGCUCCUGGCUGGAAAGCUGAUACUGUUUGAAUCUUCUUGCAAGACAAGUGAAAUAUGAUUAGAAGCACAGGUGCAAUUUUACCUUGCAUUUAGCUUCACAAAGUGUACAGCAGGGCAUGGUGUGUGUCUAGAGCUAUGCGGGCUUCUUCUGCAAUGAGGAUCUGCUUCGCUGAACACUUUCUGGUGUUAACCCUUUGGCUGCUGCCUUCACAAGCCUCUUCCUUCUCCUCUCUGAUGAUCAAUUAUUCCGCAAUCCAUUGUUUACAACAUCACAAUUCACCAAGUGGCAAGCAAUUAUGAUGCUCCAAGCAUCAGUCCAUAACAUCACUAAAUGAGCCAGGCAGGAGGAGGCGAGAUUGAGAGGGCUUUUAUUUGACUACACAUCCUGAUGAUAAGUAGUGACUGGAAAAGAUAUUCUGAAAAGGUUAUUCUGGGGCUUAGAAAGUUGUCUGGAAGCACUGGAGGUUACAGCAUCACGGUGGCUUUCUAGAAGAUGACCAUAGAGGAUCUCCCAGAACCUUCCCAAGAAGGAGAUUCAUUGAUUGAAAGAUAUCAGUUUUUAUUCCCAGGCUCUGAAACAUCAGUUACUUUUUCAGUUGCAGCAGCACCAAUGCCUUCAGACUGUGAGUUCUCCUUCUUCGAUCCUAAUGAUGCAGCAUGCCAAGAAAUUCUUUUCAACCCUAAGACAUCAGUCUCUGAAUUGUUCGCCAUCUUACGGCAAUGGGUCCCACAGGUCCAGCAGAACAUCGAUAUAAUUGGAAAUGAGAUCAUUAAGAGAGGCUGCAGUGUGAAUGAUAGAGAUGGACUGACUGAUAUGACUCUCUUACAUUACACCUGCAAGUCAGGGGCUCAUGGUAUUGGUGAUGUUGAGACUGCUGCCAAAUUUGCCUCUCACCUUAUUGAUCUGGGUGCAGAUACCAGUUUGCGUAGUCGCUGGACAAAUAUGAAUGCUUUGCAUUAUGCUGCCUACUUUGAUGUUCCAGAACUUAUUAGAGUUAUUUUGAAAAAUGCAAAGCCCAAAGAUGUGGAUGCCACCUGCAGUGACUUUGAUUUUGGAACGGCUUUGCAUAUUGCUGCGUUUAACUUGUGUACUGCAGCAGUGAAGUGUUUACUGGAACAUGGAGCGAAUCCUGCCUUUAGGAAUGACAAAGGACAGAUUCCAGCAGACGUGGUUCCUGAUCCAGUAGAUAUGCCAUUGGAGAUGGCAGAUGCUGCAGCAAGUGCAAAAGAAAUCAAGCAGAUGCUGUUGGAUGCAGUGCCUCUGUCAUGUGACAUCUCAAAGGCCAUGCUUCCAAACUAUGAUCAUGUCACUGGCAAGGCCAUGCUUAUGUCACUUGGCUUGAAACUGGGAGAUCGUGUUGUUAUCGCAGGACAAAAGGUUGGUACAUUAAGAUUUUGUGGCACAACAGAAUUUGCCAGCGGGCAAUGGGCUGGUGUAGAGCUGGAUGAACCAGAAGGAAAGAAUGACGGAAGUGUUGGAAAAGUCCAGUACUUCAAGUGUGCACCAAGAUGUGGUAUCUUUGCACCUCUUUCUAAAAUAAGUAAGGCUUCAGAUCACAAGAAGAAUUUUGUCAGAAGUCCUUCCACACGAUCUACUUUGGUCAAGUCCAAGAAAAUUGAUGUAACGCACAUAACUUCAAAAGUGAAUACUGGCUUAGCUACAUCAAAAAAAGAUAGUAGUUCUGAAUCCACCUUUUUGGCUACUGAAGAAGGAAUGAAAAUUAUGCCUGGUAAAGAAGCUUUCCUUGGAUCCAGCAGUUCUUCCUCUUCCACUACCUCUUUAGAGAGCAAACCGAAUCCGCCCAAGAAAUGGAACUCAACUAACAGCACUAAAAAGGCAGUGCCUAAAGUAGCUUCUACCUCAUCUAAAAGCAGUGCUCGACUGAAUAAUGCUUCUCCAUCUACAAGAAAAAACCCUUUUGAUGAAGGAGAAAUUCAGCUUGGAGACAAAGUGCUAGUGGUAGGGCAGAGAACUGGCACUGUUAGAUUCUAUGGGACAACAAAGUUUGCACCAGGCUUUUGGUGUGGCAUUGAACUGAAUAAACCUCACGGCAAGAAUGAUGGUUCAGUUGGAGGGGUCCAGUACUUCAGUUGUCUCCCCAGAUAUGGCAUAUUUGCCCCACCAACCAGAGUGCAGAGGUUAACAGGUUCCUUAGACUCCCUCACAGAAGUUUCAACAGGUAAAAUGAAUCAUUCUUUCCCAGGUUUUAGACGAAGUUUAAGUACAACUUCUGCAUCUUCACAGAAGGAGAUAAACAGGAGAAACUCCUUUGUCAAAUCUAGAAGCUCGAUGCUGCGGCGUAGUUGGAGCAACACCACUACGACUAACACUGAGGGACCUGUGAAACUACAUGAGGGUUCUCAGGUCCUUCUAACCAGCUCUAAUGAGAUGGGCACAAUUAGAUACAUUGGCCCUACCGACUUUGCACCAGGGAUAUGGCUAGGACUUGAACUCAGAAGUGCCAAGGGAAAGAAUGAUGGAUCUGUGGGUGACAAGCGCUACUUCACCUGUAAGACAAACCAUGGAGUCUUAGUUCGGCCUAGUAGAGUAACCUAUCGUGGGAUUAAUGGAGCAAAACUUGUGGAUGAUAUUUGUUGAACCAGAAUGCUUACAACCUGUGCAUCAAGUGCUAGUGCAAUGAUAUAUAAGCAUUAAACCACAUACAAUAACCCCAACAUCAUCUGCACGGAAUACUGACUGAAAUUUUAUCUAAACUAUUAAACCUGCUUUUUUUGGUAAUGUAUCUCUUCAGGCUCUAACCACCUCAGAAUCAUAAUAAGAAGUGGAAAUCAUAUACCCCUCUCUCCUAUUUUGACACAGUCCCUGCCUGUGAGUUUCUUGUAAAAGCAUUAUGGGUUUGAUACUGUAUUAUUUGAAUAAUGGCCCACUCUGAGAAGGCCAGUAUAGUUGACAUUCUUUUAAGUUGCUUUAUGAUUCAGUGUAUUUGGAAGGUUUUCUUCCAUGUACUAAUGAACUGAUACAUCAUUCUCCUGCCUUUUCAUAACAAAGGAGAUUGUUAAAUGAGUCACAUUAGUCUAUGCAGUAUUGGUCCCAGGAUAUUAGAGACAAGGGUGAGUGCCAGAAUAUAUCUUUUAUUGGACCAACUUCUGUUGGGGAGGGAGACAAGCUUUUGAGUAUGCAGAGCUCUUUUUUUUCUUCUUCUUCCCAGACCUGAAGAAGAACUCUGUAUAGCUUGAAAGCUGCUCUCUCACCAACAGUAGUUGGUCCAGAGAAAAAUAUUCCUCCUCCACCUUGUUUCUCACAUUAGUCUGUUUACCAGACACUUUGUCCAUCUCCCUGUGAGCUAGUAGUAAUAAGCAGGAGAAAUUACUCUUUAAAAAAAAAAUCAGUUGUGAAACAAUUAAGUAUUUUAUCAUUCAUAAAAAACCCAUCUCAAAAAAAACCACAC